AUGUUUCAUCAUUCACAGAAUGCAGCCGAUAGUCAAUUUAGCGAUAAUUGGGAACGCUUAGCACAAGCCAUUAGGGAAAUUCACAGAAAAAAUGCAUCGAUCCUAAGUUUUGAAGAAUUAUAUCGUAAUGCUUAUAACAUGGUACUCCAUAAGAAUGGCGAUAAAUUAUAUAACGGAGUUAAGGAUGUUAUUACUCAACAUUUAGAAGAAGUUGCUUUCGCACAUGUUGUACCUGCUUUUCCAAAAUCUGGUGCAAGCAGUUCACAUGCAAACCAUACAAAUGUAGCUGGUGGUGCAAAAUUUUUAGAGGUAUUAAAGAAAGUUUGGGAAGACCAUACAACUUGUAUGCUUAUGAUAAGGGAUAUACUUAUGUAUAUGGAUCGUGUAUAUGCCAAAUCUGCAAAUGUACCUUUGGUAUAUGAUUUAGGUUUGGAACUUUUUAGGGAUACAAUUGUUCGAUCUCAAAAAUACCCGAUUCAAACACAUCUUCUAGAAGUUCUUCUACAGCAAAUUAAACUUGAACGUGAAAAUGAGAUGAUCGAACGAUCAAGUGUGAAGGCAGCAAUGGAUAUGCUAUUACAAUUAAUAGAUGCAGAUACUGGAAGCACUGUAUACGAUAUUGAUUUUGAAGGUCGGUUUUUAGAAACUAGUGCAGAAUAUUACAGAGUUGAAGGUCAAAUGCUUGUAAGCGAUUGUGAUGCACCAGAAUAUAUGAAAAAGGUAGAAAAAAGACUUAUCGAGGAAGAACAGAGAGUUCGCAAUUAUUUAUCUUCUACUACAGAGGCUAAAAUUAGGGCAAUUGUUGAAGAAGAAUUAAUUUCAAAACAUCUCAAGACAGUAAUUGAUAUGGAGAACUCAGGUUUGAUACCAAUGUUAAGAAAUGAGAAAAUGGACGAUUUGGCAAGAAUGUACAAAUUAUUUGGACGAGUGUCGAAAGGUCACGAAGAAAUGAAAACCUCGAUCAGUAAUUAUAUACGUGAACUUGGUAAAGGAAUAAAUGAAAAAGUGACAAGUAGUUCGUCAAAUACUACCGGUGAAGGAUCAAAUAAUGCCUCUAAUGGUGAAAAACAGACUGGAACUAUUGCUGCAAUACGAUGGGUUCAAGAAGUUUUAGAUCUUAAAGAUAAAUUCGAUAAAGUUCAGAACCUUGCUUUGUCAAGCGAUAAAUCAUUUCAAACAUCAUUUAAUGAGGCAUUUGAAUUUUUCAUAAACAAUAAUUCUAAAUCACCAGAAUUUAUUUCAUUAUUUAUUGAUGAUAAUCUCAAGAAAGGAUUAAAAGGGAAAACAGAAGAGGAAGUGGAUAAUGUGCUGGACAAAACAAUCACAUUAUUCCGUUUCAUUGGGGAAAAAGAUGUGUUUGAACGAUAUUAUAAACAACAUUUAGCUAAACGAUUAUUAUUAGGUCGUAGUGUCAGUGAUGACGCAGAAAGAGGAAUGAUAGGAAAACUUAAGAUUGAGUGCGGAUAUCAAUUUACCACUAAACUUGAAGGAAUGUUUAAUGAUAUGAGAAUUUCACUAGAUACUAUGGCAGACUUUAAAGAAUUUUUGGAUAAAAGUUAUUCAGAUCGACCAAAAUUAGAACUUAGCGUCACGGUACUUACGUCUACUUUUUGGCCUAUGAAUUUAUCAGCAAGUCCAAGGUGCAAUUUCCCCGAAGAAAUAACCAAAGCCUGCGAAAAUUUCCAAAGGUUCUAUUUAGCACGACAUAGUGGUCGAAGGCUAACAUGGCAAUCUAAUAUGGGAAAUGCUGAUAUUCGAGCUACCUUUAAAGCACGUAAACAUGAAAUCAACGUGUCAACAUAUCAAAUGGUUGUUUUACUAAUGUUUAAUGAUUUACUUGAUGGCGAGGGUGAAAGUGAUAUUCCAGAAACAGAUUUAAAGCGUAAUCUUCAGUCUUUGGCUUGUGCUAAAUAUAAAAUUUUAUUAAAGGAACCUAAAUCAAAAGAGAUAAAUAAUGGAGAUAUAUUCUAUUACAAUGCUGAUUUUACAGCAAACUAUCAACGUAUUAAGAUUCAAACAGUUGCAAGCAAAGUAGAGACGGAAGGUGAAAGAAAAGAUACAAGAGAAAAGGUCGAAGAAGCUAGGAAACAUCAAACAGAAGCAGCAAUUGUAAGAAUCAUGAAAGAUCGUAAAACUAUGGAACAUAAUAACUUGGUUGGCGAAGUUUCAAGACAAUUACAACCAAGAUUUCGGUGA